UUUUGCUUGUGUUUUGCUCUCUCUGCUUGCGUCCACUAAACCUGCAUUUAAAAUAAGAUAGAUACAUACAUAUGUAUAUUGGUGAAAAAAAGAGAGAGAAGUUUUGAACACAAGAGAUAAAACGAUGAGUCUUUGAAGAGAUAAAACUCAUGUUAAUCAUACGAACAAUAGUGGAUCGUUUAGACAACAAACUAUGUGAAAACGUCGCAAAACUGUCUCGUGAUUUUUGCAUAUGUCGAAACUUCUAAAAAAGAAAAAACUUGAAUAAAGAAGGCAACUAUUUGACAAACUCGAUCUUAGGAGAAAAUGAGCACGCACGACACGGAAAUUUGCGGAUUUCUCGAUAUCAAAUUGACGGGAAACAAAUGCAUCGCGCGGAAGAUGAAGAAGAAGCCUCUGGCGCUGUCGAGGGUAUGGAAACGAACGUGGUGCUCGGUGAAGAAACUGAAAUCUGGGCUUGGCGUGCAGGUGCAAUUUGAUCUGAAGCUCGGCAAUGUGAAGCAAAACGAGAAGGGUGAUUCCGUCGAGAUACCAUCGGAUGCCGUUCUAUAUCGUGUUCGUUCUAGAACCAAACGAUUUGCAUUCUGUAUAGCACUAGCAAGGGACCGGAAAGCCCUGUUGUCGCUGUCUGCUAACUCGGAGACCGAGACGCAGCGUUGGAUGGCGAAUAUCAGAUACUUAUUGAAGCCCAAAAAAUAUUGUUUUGCGGAAAAGUCAUAUCAGAUAUCUAUGAUUGACAACACCCAUUCAAAGGUGGCAGGUAUAACUGGUUUAUACGGUGACUUGAUUGCUAACGAAAUGGGAAUUUUUAUUAGAAAUAUUCACACGGGCGAUGUAGCUGAAACUUUUCAAUGGAAGGAAUUUAGUCAAUUCCAUCUGAUGACAGCAGGCCGUCCAGAAGAUGUUAAACGUAUUUGUGUAAUGCAUACCAGCAAAGAAUUCCGCUGUGGCAUCGGAGAAUUUCACAUUUUCUGUUUAGAUGCUAAUAAAUUAUUGCAAGACUUGGUAACGCAGGGUCGCGGUCCAAAACAUAGACGAAGAUUUUUAUAUUCUAAUAGUGAGAAUCUUGAAAUGAUGCAACGCGAUGAAAUCGCGAUUGAUAAUCUACCCUUGCAGCAAAAAAGUGAUGCAACUUUUUGUAUUUCUAAUGCGGACGCCAAUUGUUCAAGGACAUCGAUUUCUACUAAAGCUGUGGAAAAUAUAUAUCAACUGGAACCUAAUGAAAAACUAGAUUCCUACAAUCAUGAGGAAUCCAAUAUUUCUGUUGCCUCUGGUAUCUAUGAAGAAAUUAGGGAUGAUGUCCAUUCUUUUGAGCCAAAAACUUCACUUACGUGUGACAAUAUAAAUAAAAUUCCAUGCAAUUUUGAAAUGGAAGCCCCGACAUUGCCACCACGAUGGAAGCAGUGGCCAGAACAUAUAGAAAAAGAUAGAAUGAAUACGAGACAAUCUCAUCUAGAAAUUUUGAAUCAUUUUGAAACAAGAUUACAGAAUAUAGUACAUACACAAGAAACUAGUUUCACAGAUCAUUCUAAUUAUGUUCCAAUGUCACCACAACUCAGAGAUCUUGAUAUGUCUGAAACCGAUGUCUUAAAAAACUCGAAAGAAAAUGAUUAUGUAAUUAUGCGAUAAAAUUGUAAUUAUAUAAUGCGAUAUAAAUUAGUGAUAUAAGGAUUACAAGCAAUAGAAUGUGUGUAUGUGUGUGCGCGCGCGUAAUGUGUGUGCGUGGAUGUAUAUGUAUGGAAAGCGAGAGAGAGAGAGCUCUUCAAUCGAGAAGAGCUAUAGUAAUAAUGAAGAAGAAAGUAGUGAAGCAAGAAGAACGAAUUAUCGUAUAAGAGAUAGAGGAAUUGGUGAUUAAAAGAGUGGAGAGAGACUUUGGUGUGCAAAAUAAUAUAAUGCUUUUUACAUU